CCCAACCCGCAUCCCAGAUGGCUGCUUAGUUAAGGCUAAAUGCACCAUCGACUGCCAAAACUUCUCUCACAGCUUUAAGAGAAACUGCUCAGAUGUAACACUCAGUCUUUAGUGUGCCCAGAGAAGACUCUGUUGGCAAUUGCUGGGGGGGAGGGGGAGAGACACAAAUUAUCAUGUAACAAUGUGAAUAAUAUGCCAGCCAUUUCUCCUCCUUUGUCAUCCAAGCAGUUUUACGGGUAGAAGAAUUGACUUUUUUUUCUUGAAAGAUGAGUGCACUCCUUUGUGGAUCCUUGGUCAGAUGUGUGGGGUAUAAUCUCCUCACUUAAUGUUGGAUUUUAAUCUUGUUUUUAAGUUGUAUUCAUUCAACUCGUUUUUAUUAUUUGUUGUUAGCCGCCCUGAGCCCGGCCUUGGCUGGGGAGGGUGGGGUAUAAAUAAAAUUUAUUAUUAUUAUUAUUACCUAGAGCACAGCUUACCCAAACCAAGCAUCAGCCUGAGUCAUGAUGAAGAGGUCACCCUAGGAAGUAAUGUGACGAUUGAUUGCAGAAGCAAUGGCACUGCUGUCAGGUUCUAUUUUCAAAAGUAUGGAGUUGCGAAGCCUGUUCAGCUCAUCCAAAAAAAUGGAACUGUUGCCAAGUUCUCCAUCAGCAACGCAAGCUGGGAGCACUCGGGAUAUUACAGCUGCACAUACAGCGCCCUGCCAGAUUGCUUUGCCAUCUCAGAACCCAGCGAUGAGGUGGAGUUACAGCUAACAGAUCCAGACCUAGCCAGACCCACCAUCUCCCUGAGUCCCAGAGGGCCACUUCCUCUGGGGGGAAAUGUGACCCUCAAUUGCCAAGGCCAAGGUGUCCGAUUCAAAUUUUAUAGGCAUAGAGAGAAUUUUGUACCACCGCUGUUGAAGAACAAUUUGGAUGGCGCUCACCUUAUCAUCAGCAACCUGAGCAGAGAUGAUGCAGUAGGAUACAGCUGCAAAUGCAGCAGUAUAUCAGAAGUCUUUUCAGUCUCUAGUGAAAUAGUGAAACUGCUGAUCUUAGAUUCCCCAUUGUUCGCACCUGUCAUUUCCAUCCAACAUGAAGGAUGUGUUGCACUUGGAGGGCAGGUCGAGAUCAAGUGUGAAUCUGAUUCUGAAGAUGUGAACUUCUCUCUUCACAAGACUGGAGACACAAAUCCUAUGCUCAUGAAUGGUCACUUUUAUGUGGGUGAAUUUACCAUCAGCAGUUUACACGGGAGCAUGAAGGCAACUAUAGCUGCAUCUAUGAAAGCACAGAAGAGCCUUUUAUGAUUUCAGCACCCAGUGUUUCCCUGGAGAUCCUGAUAUCAGAUACCUAUAAUUGCACCCAAGUCAACAUCAUCCGCUUUGCCAUAGGAGUUCUGAUUCUUCUUUUGCUUACAUGUAUCAUUCUCAGUAAUCAGCACUUCAGAGAGAACAUGAUAAAUAUCUCCUGAUAUGCUUCCUUUUCCUUUACCAACAAUUGCAUCCCAAAAGACAAGAGGAGUGCAGUUCAGUGGCACAGCAUAUGAAUUGGUUGUACAAUAUCCUAGGUCUCCAUUAUCCUCAACGCCAUCAUUCCUUUUGUGCACAGGAUAUCUAUUUGAAAACUCAAAAUGCUACCACCAAUGGCCCAGGUCCAAACAUGGCACUGAGAUUCCUCAAGGGCAAUGAGCUUGGUCUUCCUCAGAUUUCUACUGCUUUCUCCCACAGAGUCCACUAAAAGUACCAGUUCCAGGAACCAAAGUCGGCACACUUCAUAUUUUCAGCAGAAUACAUUUUGAAUUACAGCAGAAUUGCAUCCUGAUUUUGAUGUGCAACAUUCCUAGAGAUGUUGCAGUUGUUGGCUGAGAAGCAAAGCAAACACGGCUUUGCUACUGUAUGUAGCCUGAUGACAAGAUGAUUUUUCUCAAGAAGUAUGACAUUUGGGGUCCACUUUGGUAAAUCUUAGAUAUACCAGAGGAGUUUCUGUGUAAGACAUGCCAAGAAGUGAACUUCAUCUCCCUUUGGCCCUGCACUCAAACCAUGAAAUGAAAUGAUUUUUCUACUUAUGCUUUCUAGCAAAAGGAUGUUGUCAAACUUCUGGUUCAUAAUCCAUUAGGUUCAAACUGACCAGCCCUGCGUCUUAAUGCUAAGAACACCUUUGUGUUCUUUUCAUUCAAUUAAACAGUCACAUUGCCAAGGCAGAAGACAGGUGUCACUGUUUAUGGAAAUGUGUUUAUUCUGUGUUUCUUGUUCUGUUGCUUUUAGCAGUUUUCUGUCAUUUUAAUGGAAAAAAAUGUGCACGAA